AUGGGGGUGCGCGACCGCUUCCGUCUAGCCGUGCCAGUCUCAACCAUGGCGCCAGAAUCGCAGCACGGUGGCUUCGAGUACGAUUUGAAGUCGUGCACGCUGCCGGAAGGGGCGCAGUUUAUCGCACGAAGCGGCGGCGCCUACUUCUUCUCCAGCGACAAGUGCCAGCACGCGUAUAACGAGCAGCUAAAAUGCGUCCGCAAAUUCGACUUCCAGUACAGAUGCCGCAUGGCAUCCACGUACGACAAGGCACUUGCCCUGGCUGCCAGGAACAGGCUCUAUACGGUUGACAAGGCGGGGGCCGUGAAGGAGCUGAAGAUGUCGAAACGCCUUUUGCACGUCCACAUGAUGGGAGAAGACGAGUUGCUGCACGUGCUCAUAUGCCGUACGCGCAAAAUGCUACAGCUGCAGAUCGGCGAACGUACGCUCUCACUCGAGGCCUACACCGGCAAGUGUGACUGCGAGGUUAUCUUCGCGGACUUUGUCGACACGGGUGUCUUCUGUCUGGCUUACGUCAACGAGGGCACGGACGUCAAAAUCGCACUCGUCGCGGUACGGAAUGGACGCCUGACCCUCCUCAGGAACGACCUCUUUCGCCAGGCCAAAAGCGCCAAAAUGACGCGUGCCAUAGGCUCGAACAAGUUGUUCCUGAUUGGCUGCGACGGAAAAUGGAGCGUGCUUACAUACGACCGGCUGUAUUGCGCCAUGGUGCUGGUCAGGCACCUCAACAUCGCACCGGGGUCCACAACCACCCUGAGACUCCUGGGGCAGGAACGCGUCAUGGAGUUUGAAGCUGCCGACCACUCCAUGAGAAUUGUGUACCACGGCAUUACGGAUUCGAGCCGCGUGGAAAAGAAAAUACCGCUGGAAGCGGAGUGCAAAGAGAUCCUGACGGUCAACGAAGUUGGCAAGCGUGUGGCAGUGCUCCUACGGGCCGGCGAAUCUGGCCUGAUGCUGAUCCAUUUCAAACCGCCCAUAUCGACGAGAGUGUCCAUACUGUUCGACAACAAAUUGAUGGUGCAGAAGCCAGAAGAGGAACUAUCGGAACUCAUACGCACCGGCAAGGUCACCAUCAAUACCCAACUCGUCGACCACAUCAUGCGGAACAAGUUGGAGUCGUGCGCAAUCGAGUGUCUAAAGUCGAUAUACAUACCCGAAAAGGAGGCCGUGAGGAUUAUCGUCGAGGACACGGAACUGCUGAAGGUGCUCAUACAGCACACCAAGGGCGACCAGAACGAGAUGAUAGCGGCCAUAAGAAAGCAGGUCUCCGAAGAAAAAUGCGCAGAAAUCGUAGAAAAGCUGUUCUACAUGCUGGACAACAUUGACAUGUUCGGCGACCAACAAAUCCACUGCUACAAGCGCAUCAUCGCAUUCAUGAACAUCCUGCUGGAUGCCAAGCUGUUCCAGAUGCAGGAAGCACAAAAGCUCAAUCCUGAGUGGAUCGACAAGCUCCAGCAACUCGUGCAACACUGCACGACAGAAAAUCACAACCUUCUGAGCCUGCUCAGCUUCACCGCAAGCCUCCUGAAGUCACGCGGCAAGAAGCAAAAGACCGACAAGAGUUCGCUCAUAGUGUCGCUUCCCAUUUCAGUGUAG